AUCUAUGGCACCUCCUUUUGGUGCAUGCUAAAGAUCGUUAACCAUUAUAUAUUGUUUACCAAAUUUAAGUUACAAAAAAAUUAAUGUAAUUAUUUUGAUCAAGAUAUAAAAUGAUUAAAAAAUGUAUAGAAAUAUAGUAAUUAUAAGAAUUUAAAAAUGGAUCGGGAACUAGAUGUAUUCAAAAAUUAUCGCAAUAUUAACAAUAAUAUUAAAAAGAGAUUUUUGAAAAAACCAAAUUUCCUGGAGGCAAUUGAGCAGUUUGGUACUCUUUCAAGAUUUUUAAAACAACAAGAAUGUCCUCAGUAUGCAGGUUUUUGUUGUCUUGCAAAGGCUCGAUGUGAAAAUACAUUAAAUAAUCUUGUUGCCGAAGCAGAAACAUUACUUGAAGCAGCUAGGCUUUUCUUUGAAGCUGAGCUGACAAAUGUAAAAAUGAAAUGCCCAUCAUUAGAGGAACACCUUUCUGAAGCUAUUUUAUGUUAUAACCAAGCAAUUAAAGUUUAUAUUAAAGAAGGUAAUCUUUCCUUGGGUGCUUCUGUAUCGUACGAAGUUGCUAACAAUCUUGUUAGUAUUGGAAAGUUAGAUGAAGCUUACAAUCAUUUUAUUCAAGCGGCUGAAAUUCAAAAGCAAUUUAGUAUAGUAGAUUAUUUAUGCACUAUGCAGGAUGCUUCUUCUUGUAAACUUAUUAAAGAAAAUUAUCCAGUAGCUCUGCGACAUCUUAGUCAGAUUGCUAUAACUAUUGAGAGUAUGGUAACUAGUAACAAAGAUUUCUUAACUUAUAGCUUAUUACAAAUAUUGCAACAUGUCGAAAUAACCCGAGUUUUAGCUUUGUUGUUAUUGAAGUCAUCGCCAAUGGAUUUGAAUGAUGAACAUUUAAAGAUACUAGAAAAAUACACUUGGGAAAAUCGAGAUAAUGAUCCUAUUUUACCAGAUAAUUUGUUUUUGUUAAUACAAUCUGUAGUUAUGGCAACCCAAGCCGUUGACGGAGAGACUUUGUUAGAAAUGGAAGAACAGCUGUUCGAGUUCUUAGACAUAGUUCAGAUGGAAUUAUUGCAUCGUAUUGUUGUUGAUGUUAAUAAAUGAUUUAUUUUUAAUUCAUCCUUAUAAAAUUAUUA